AUGAAGCAUUAUCCCAUACUCGGCGCGUUGGCCUCGUCAGCCCUCGCCGCCCCGUCGCUCCUGAAGCGUGCCGAAGGUGACUGCGGCAGCCGAAACGCGACGGUCAACCAGCAUCUUGCCAGUUGCGCCUCACGAUCUCUCCUGGCGCAGGAGGCGGCCACGAGCGGUCCCAAGUGGCUGAUGGACUUUUUCUUCAAGACCGACGACAAGCAGUCUCGCGGCGUCGUCGCCGACUUGUUCGGAAAGAUUGCGGCCGAGUGCGGCACCGAGGGCGGUUCCUGCUACGUCACCUGCGGUGAGUCGUGCAACGGCUUCAACGCCUACACCACCUGGGUGGCCGAGACGUCCAAGGUCCGACUCUGCGAGCCGUACUUUAGCAUGAGGACGGCGACGUGCCAAAACCUGGACUCUGCCAGCGAGAUGAUACACGAGAUGAGCCACGCAAAGGGCUCGACGAGUGAUUUCAACGGCGCCUACGGCCUCAACGCCAUCCGAUCCCUUGACGGUUCGCAGAAUAUUCAACACGCCGAGACGUACGCGUUCUUCGCCCACUGGGUGGCGCUGAACUGCACCCAAGCGGACAACACUCCCCAAGUGCCGGUUACGGACCCAAAGGGAGCACCGUCCGAGAAACUGGGCGACGUCCCAAACAGCAUACUGAAGGACGGCCCAUCCGCGUCGCCGUCGCCCUCGGCAUACGAGGCUGGGGAGGAGAAUAAACAAGGCGAGGUUGGAAACCAGGAGACCACCUCGCUCGACGAAAACAGCAUUCUCGAAGGGGGUGGGCAAGGCCAACCCGAGGGCACCCAAGGAACGAGCAUGACGGGAGGGAACCAGUAUGGUGAGGUUGCGAACAAGCUCACCCAAGGAACGAGCAUGACGGGAGGAAACCAGUAUGGCGAGGUUGCGAACAAUGGCAACGCUCAGGAGGCGGAGAACGAAUACUCUUGCGACACCGAAAACGAAGACGAAUCCGAAUGGUUUUAG